UGUGUAAGGUGAGAAGAAAAGCGGUUGUGUGCGCAGGCUGGGUGUGGGCCAUUCUUCUGGAGAGGGGCUACUGAUACACCCCUACCUCCCUCUUCAGCUGGACCCUUGAAUGAUUUCAAUCUCCUCGGGCCCUCACUCAUCAGCCACUCAUCGGUCAGCUAAGAGAGGCGUCCGGAAGCGUCCCCAGCCGCCGGAGCAAAGAGCGUCAAAAACGGACCCACAUCGUUGUGCAGCUCUGACUCGAAAUGGUGGGGAUGCAUCCCAGCUCAGCGAGCACGACGCCCUUUUCAGUCAAGGAUAUUCUGAAGCUGGAGCACCACCACGACUUUGAAAAUGAAUUCUUGACGACCAAUCAAGUCGCGCCCGUGCAUUAUCAGCACGUGCGCGCUGCGUCCCGGAGCGGGGGACACGUCCAGGACUGCCAGCCCGAGCCGUGCAUCUCCGGGAUGGAGGAGAAGAGGCUCGAUGCCCGCAGCUCAGCAGCAGAAGAGGAGAUGAAUGAGCAGGAGAUAGGAAGUCUUGACGGUUCACCUGACUGUGACAAAACCUCUAAAGGCAGACCCAGGCUGCGCAGGAAGCCCCGGGUCCUCUUCUCCCAGUCCCAAGUGUCCGAGCUGGAGAGGCGCUUCAGACAGCAGCGCUACCUGUCGGCCCCGGAGAGAGAUCACCUGGCCCACAUCCUCAAACUCACCUCCACGCAGGUCAAAAUCUGGUUUCAGAACAGGAGGUACAAAUGCAAGCGCCAAAGUCAGGACAAGUCUCUGGAGCUGGCGGGGUAUCCGGCCGCACCGAGGAGGGUGGCGGUGCCGGUGCUGGUGCGGGACGGGAAGCUCUGCGGCGCGGGUUCACAGUCAGCACCUUACAAUGUGACUCUUGGACAUUACAACAGCGUGUUGGGAUAUGGAAACAGCAGCGUGUAUGGCUGCAGUUACCACAGCGCGUCUCCUUCAGCCGCUGUGUCCAACAGCCAGCUGGUUGAGCUGGCAGGAAGCAGCGAGGGGCCUUUCAGCCACGGACUCUUCCAGGCUUCGUUACAGGCUGUAAGAGGCUGGUGAUUGAAGCAAAGCUGUCAAAUGUUUUAUUCUUUAUUUUGGAUGGGUUUUGUAUCUGUUGCCAGUUUUCUUUUGUUGGAAAAAGUCAGAGGCAAAUUA